ACCAUCACAUAUUAACACAUGACCCUGGCCCUCAAUCUCAAAUCUCAAAAGCUCAUGUCAUCCAUAUGAAUAAAGAACAUGCUAAUCCUAUUCAUAGCAGCCGAAUUUUAUCUAAUUUUUUAACCGAAAAGGUGUUCUCUAUCUAUAUAUACCAUUGCAUUAUUAUUUGCUCAUUACAUUUUGCAUUGCCACUUCAAGUGUCAACUCUUUUUCUUGCUACAAAUAUUUAUCCCCGUUUCUUGAAAUCACCGAUCUGAAUUUCUGGUUUUGUUGUACAUCAAGCGGAGAGAGACCCUUUUGUUCAUAUCAAGUUCUGGGAUAAUUAUUUAGUGUUGAGGAUUGAAGUAUAAUGGAGGGCUUUGGAGGAAAAUGGAGAAUUUUGAGAUCACUAGUUGUGAUUAUAUGGAGCUUUGGUUUAGCUGCAGUGUUUGUUUCUGCAGAAAGAGGCUUGAAAAAAGAGGGUUUGAAUCAUAAUGCAGCUGAUGAAUCUGAAACAAAUUAUCUUCUCAAGGUUGCAAAUUUCCUGUGGCAAUCCAAUGAAUCAGGGUACCAACAUGUUUGGCCGGAUCUGGAAUUCAAUUGGCAAAUUGUUGUUGCUACCAUUAUUGGAUUUUGUGGAGCAGCUUUUGGUAGUGUAGGCGGUGUAGGUGGUGGCGGCAUAUUUGUUCCCAUGCUCACCUUAGUUAUUGGAUUUGAUCCAAAAUCAGCGACUGCAAUUUCAAAGUGUAUGAUCAUGGGUGCAGCAGUCUCGACAGUUUAUUAUAACCUUAAGCUACGUCAUCCCACACUAGAUAUGCCGAUCAUCGACUAUGACUUGGCAGUGCUCAUCCAACCUAUGCUUAUGCUGGGUAUUAGCAUUGGAGUUGCUUUCAAUGUGCUUUUCGCUGAUUGGAUGGUCACAGUUCUGCUAAUUGUUCUCUUCUUGGGUACAUCAACGAAGGCCUUUUUAAGAGGUGUUGAUACUUGGAAAGGAGAAACCAUUUUGAAGAAGGAGGCUGCAAACCGACGGGAGGACAAUGGAAAUGGAGGUGACGAGGCAGACUACAAGCUUCUUCCUGGUGGACCCGACAAAAAAACUGAAAAUGGGACAAAUAGCUCUUUAAGAGAAGAAGUGUCUCUUCUUGAGAAUGUGUGCUGGAAAGAGUUUGGCCUUCUUUGUUUUGUUUGGGUAGCAUUUCUUGCAGUGCAGAUUACUAAGAACUAUACAGCUAAUUGUUCGACAGCAUACUGGGUGCUGAACCUGUUGCAGGUUCCAAUUGCUGUUGGGGUAUCUUUGUAUGAAGCAGUUAGCCUGUACACUGGAAGAAGAAGAAUUGCAUCCAAGGGAGAAUCAGGAACCAAUUUUACAGUUGGGCAGCUGCUUGUUUAUUGCUUCUUUGGUGUACUGGCUGGUGUAGUUGGGGGGUUACUUGGUCUUGGCGGAGGAUUUAUAAUGGGCCCACUAUUUUUGGAGUUGGGAGUCCCUCCACAGGUCUCGAGUGCCACAGCUACUUUUGCGAUGAUGUUCUCCUCUUCAAUGUCUGUUGUGGAGUAUUACCUUCUAAAGCGUUUUCCUGUUCCUUAUGCUCUCUACUUGGUUUUUGUGGCAACUAUUGCUGCUUUUGUUGGACAACACGUUGUAAGAAGAGUAAUUAACAUACUUGGAAGGGCCUCUAUAAUCAUCUUUAUUCUGGCCUCUACUAUCUUCAUCAGUGCAAUCUCAUUAGGCGGAGUUGGAAUAGUAAACAUGAUUGGGAAGAUUCAGAGGCAUGAAUAUAUGGGUUUCGAGAAUCUCUGCAAGUACGGAGCUUGAAGUACCUCGUAAAGUUGCUAAAUUGCACACUAGAUCCUAGAGGCACUCAAGAUUGUAGCACUGCUCAGACUUGUGGGAUAAAUGAUGACCAUUGUUACCAUUAGCCCCACUGCAAUAUACAUUGAACUUUUGUUUUUUUUUUUAAAAUCAUUUUCUUUGUCAAAUAUGAUAUUUAAUCUUUUCCAUAUGUUGUAUUUCAUCCUUCUAAAAUUAAGGGGUUACAAGAAAUUAGUGUCUUCUUGAAUGAUGUCUGUUUGGAGGCUAAGAAAAGAUAUUCCCUUGAGUA